UCAUAAUAUCAUUGCGUCUUAAAGGCACAAGAUGUAAACAAACGGAUAAUACCAACAUUUCUCUUUUAUCUAUCUUUAAUAUGGACUCUAGAUAAAUUAAAUUGAAGUUAAUUGGAACUCAUUGUCGCUCUCAAAAGGACUGACAUGUCUUUUAAUAGGCUGUUAAAAAAAAUAAAAAAAUCUAUACCAAAAGUUAUUGAUGUUCCCUGAACUAUUAUGGUUUUAUUUGGAUCAAAAUGUCUGAAAACGUUAUCCAACUCAUUUAAAACUGUCCAAAAUGUUUCAGAAGCUGAGUAUGAGAGAGCAGAUUGGUUGCUCAUCCCAGCCUUCCUGCCAAUCUGCAGGUCUGUCCGCUGAAGGGAUCGAGGCUCGGAAGGGAUUAAUCACUGCAACCUUGCCGACAAGCUUUUUCCGCCCGUAGACCAAUUACAUAACGGCAUUAUACAAUAAACACAUCUCCAGUAAACCGUAAACAGUGACAUGAGCGACUAAGUUCCACAACAAGCUGGAGAAAGGGGCUCAUUUCGCUCGUCGUGCGUCGUCGAGGGAGCGCAUCCUUAUCUGCCCCCACUGACGCUGCACUGGGGACUGCACAGUUCUCGCUUUCUUCCUCCUCCUCCUUCUCCUCCUCCUCCUCCUUCUGUUGGGCUGAGGGGAAAUAAAAGUCAACGUCCAGUGGGAGACCAGACUGUCUGCAAAAGACGCGCCCACUCUUGGUUACGUUGCGCACUUUCUCGGGAAAGUGCUGUGAUCCACGCUUGACUGAGCAUCCAGGAGGGGGGUGGUUUACAUGGGAAGGAUACGACUGUUCUGAUCCUAAAAACUCAAAUUGAACCCACAUUCCUGUAGAAAUGGUUCUGCAAAAGAUUUUCCGUGCUGUCAUCAUGGGACCUCCCGGGUCGGGGAAGGGGACGGUGUCUGCGCGCAUAACCAAAAGUUUUGGGCUGAAUCACCUCUCCAGUGGGGAUAUUUUGAGAGCCAACAUCAACGCUAAAACUGAGCUCGGUCUAUUGAUGAAGUCCUGUAUUGAUCAGGGUCAGUUGGUACCCGAUGACGUCAUGUCUCGUCUCAUCCUGAGUGACCUGAGAGUGCUGAAGCAGAGCAGCUGGCUGCUCGAUGGUUUCCCUCGCACAGUAUCCCAGGCAGAGGCUCUGGACGAUGCCUACACUGUGGAUUCAGUCAUCAAUCUCAAUGUACCUUUCCAGACCAUUAAACAGAGACUCACCUCUCGCUGGACUCACUUGCCCAGCGGCAGAGUCUACAACAUAGAUUUCAACCCACCAAAAGUCCCUGGUUUCGACGAUGUGACAGGGGAGCCUCUGGUCCAGCGGGAUGAUGACACACCAGAGACAGUCACAAGGAGACUGAAGGCCUAUGAAAAUCAGACAGAGCCUGUCUUAGAGUACUACAGGAGUAAAGGUGUGCUAGAGACCUUCUCCGGGACUGAAACCAACAAGAUCUGGCCGCACGUCGAGGCUUUCCUCCACAAAAAACUCCCCUCAGUCAAUCAGGGAGUUGCGUAGAAAGUCUGAACAGAAAGACACAAGAAGAUCACCAGGAGAAACCACUCUAGUUCACUUCUGUGAAACGAGAGGAGAGCCAUCAGUGCAUUAAUAUAUUCUGAAUGUUCAAAAAUGAGCAGGAAGCACAUACAGUUUAUAUCAGGAAGAAAUAGUACAUUAAGAUGUUGUUGGGAAAACUUUUGAAGUGCUUGUUGCACUUCUGUCACUGAAAUUAGUUCCUGAAACUUUCAGGACCUGAACAUGAAAUCCUUCAAAUAUUAAUUCAUUCAAUGACGUGCCUUUAGAAAGCCAGGAGACUUCACUGAAUCAAACAUCAAGAUGUUUAACAGUAGAAUAUUAAGGUCUCUAUCAUGAGAGAUGUUGAAAUGCACAGAUAGGAACGGUUGUCAUCUCUGGUGAACACAGCCAGUUGAGUAUCAAUUUUUACAGUUUUCCAAUUACAGUAAUGGGUUUGUUUGAUGGUAAUGACACUCCUAAAUAAGCACUCAUGAAGAAGGUUCUCUAAAGUAAAUAACAUACUUUCCAGCAAAAGUGUGCAUACUGGAACUGCCUCAUUGGGGCUACUUUUUAUGCAGUGGGUAUUUGCCCCUAAAGGGAAACGUGCCAUGUUCUACAAAUGACUGUAAAUUCACUUUUUGCACUCAAGUGCCUUUACUGUUUUUACAAAUGUAAUGUGUAGCUCAGUGAAUGUAGUUUGUAAAUACUUUUUAUGAAUAUGGACCAGAGAAUCAUGUAGAAAAUGACCACACUUAUAUUUAAUAUUUUAACGUUUAAUUAUCACAAGAAAUCAUUAUUAUAUGUAACAGCUCAGUGUAACCACCUCAAGUCUUAAUAGUGUUGCCUCCAAAUGAACCAGGUGUUCCUUGUUGUGACCAAGUCUGUUAAUGUAUACUGAUAUUUGCCAUUUUAAUGUGACUUGACAACUUUCAUUGAAAAAUAUAUAUUAAUUUAAAACAUUUAAAGCACAGUAUGUACAGGGCUUUCAUCUCGUUAAAACAUAUCAGAGCAUAUCAGUUCUGUGUUUUUGCACUUUGGUCUUAAGGAUGUUUCACCACGUUAAAGCCACAGAAAUGCUAACUUGUAUCUUGAUGAAGGUUUCUGCAAUGUGUGUAUUUCUAAACACAUGAAUACAAUGUUUAAAAGCACAUGUCCUCUUCGUAGAGUGUUUAUUACGUUUCAAAAGACACUUCUGAUACUAGCAACUGUAUUUAGUAUAUUAUUGUACACCGGAAUUACACAUCUCGUCAUUUGUUUUAAUGUGUCUGAUUUCAAUUAACAGUUAAGGAAAAAGCUAUUUCUUGGCCUAUAGUUGUUACUGCACAUCUACAAAGAACAUUUAAAAGCGUCUUUUUAUACUGCAUUUCAGUUUCUUACGGUGACAAUAAAGCCAAAUCUUACACUAGCCUACUGUGAAUGACAAGUCUAAUUCAUAUAAUUUUCCUCAAGAUUAUAGCCUAGUGACAGAAACUCUUACACCACGUCAGAUUCUGUGAUUAUAUUUAGAUAGUUUGGGAUGUCGUUUAAUACAACAGUUAAGGCCAAACAGUCAUUUUGCAUAGUUUAGUCACUGUGGAGAAAAAAAAAGAGAAAAAAUAAACAUUUAAGUCUACAACACAUUAUUUUUAGCUUUACUGCUGACAUUAGCCGUUUGUUUACAGUGUUUCUAAUGCCGUAUAUGUGAACAGACCAGUGCAAUGUAAAUCUGUGAAAUAAUAACUAAAUGGUGAGAUGAUGAUAAUCAACAAUGCAUCACACAGCAGCUUUAAAUCAUAAAUGCAUGUACUGUACUUUAAUGCAUCAUCUGGUAUUUUUAAUUCCACAGUGUGCAGUGAAAAUCGUACUGAUCAUGUCGCUCAGCAGAUUUUCAUACCAAUUUUUGUUGUCUUGUUAAAUUAUUAUAAUCCAGGGGACAGUAAUCUGGAAGCCUAAAAUCUGGCAAAAAACUUCCUUGAACUCUGACAAAAACAAAGUCAGAA